UCCAUUGUUAGCCCGUUAAGAAAUGGGAUAAUCGCUAGAUUACUCAAUUAUAAAAAUUAGACUACACAGAUCUGACCGGUAUCGACGAAUAUUUAGCAUUUUAUGCUGAUGAGCUGAGCGGCUUUAAUGUCAGAAUUCGCCGAGAGAUCGGCUCCGCAAAAGACAUUUACUGUGUCGCCAUCGUGCACUUUAUAUUUGAAUCCAAAAUAUACUUUAUUUUUCGCCUUGUCGCGUGUCUUUUGACGUAGUACAGUAAAUAUCCGACGGCCAAUAAAGUUAUUUUAAAUAAGGAGAAAAAAAAAAAACAUGUCGGCGGUGUGAGACAGACACGAAAUGCCGGAUCAGACUACAUGACAAAUUUGCUCUUUCACGAUUGCGCUAUGUCAGACUACUGCAAUAAAAUCUUGUAUUCCGAUACCGCCGCAUCCCGUUUUUUACGAUCAUUGGGCUUUAUCUUGUCAACUCAAAUGCGACUGGAUACACUCGUUACCGUGGCGACGACAACAAGAGUGGGUCGCGCUGACUGAAUUAUAAGAACAAAAUGGGGAAAAACGUGUGUUGGUGGUCACCGGGGCUCAGGACAGGAGAGGACGUUCGUUUCAGGCUCGCUUGAGGCCGCCUGUAUGCCAUGCAGACUGGAAUGAAGUUGGACAGCAAAACUCCAGAGUGCCGCAAGUUCCUGGUCAAGCUCAUGGACCAGCUCGAGUCGAUGAAGAUGGAGUUGAGCGACAAUGAGUCCAUCACUCAGGAGGUGGUCGGCAACGCCCACAUCGAAAACUACGCCCUAAAAAUGUUUCUCUACGCCGACAACGAGGACCGAGCGGGACGAUUCCACAAGAACAUGAUCAAGUCCUUCUACACGUCCAGCCUGCUGCUGGAUGUCCUUUCGGUCUUUGGAGAGCUGUCCGACGAGAACAUCCAACACAGAAAGUACGCCCGCUGGAAGGCCUCGUACAUCCACAACUGUCUGAAGAGCGGCGAGACGCCUGAGGCCGGACCCAUCGGCAUGGACCUUGAGCAGGAAGCAGAUGGAGAUGAAGGUUUUUCAGGCUGCGCCAUUAUGCAGGGCGGCUCCUUCCGCGGAGUGGGCGGGGCUUCCUCUCAGGACCCCGGUUCGGGCGGUACUGCAGUGUCGGGCAUCGGCUUCACAGGUGGCGCUGAGUCUGUACUGUCGGGUCCCCCCUCCAAUUUGGGCAACGUCCACAUUCCUCCCGGAGCGCAUGCCCCCGCCAACACGCCCGCAGGUAGCUGCGCCCCUUUCUACGAUAACCGAGCAGCACAAUCAUCCAGGGCUCAGAUCGUCACGUGUGACCCGACAGAUGCCGUCAAGCCGGUGCCGAUGCCCAGGACCGCCGGCGUCGUCGACCCGGCCCUCCUGCACAGCCAGCAGCAAGUGAGCCCGUGCCCCCCCUCGCCCGCAGGAGAUGUCCACUUGUCCGCCGAAGACUUCACCAAGGCCCAGAAGUACUGCAAGUACGCUGGCAGCGCCCUCCAGUACGAGGACGUUUCCACGGCCGUCAGCAACCUCCAGAAGGCCCUCAAACUGCUCACCACUGGACAAGAAUGACUCCUUUGUCGUCCUGCUGCGGCCGCCUGCAAAGUCUAUCUGCACCAUCUCGUCAGCUCGACGCACGCACACGCCGGCUGGCCGCCAGGAGCCCCGAUGGAGACCAGAGCCUAACAAUGGCUGCCUAUGUGCGUCUUUACUCGAUUAUGAAACGAGACGACGACGUUCCCUGGAAGCGUGAACACGACAUCGACGCACCACACGGAGCUUCUUGCCUGCAAGGGGCAUUGUGUCGUCUCGUUUUCUCGGACUUGAUCCUAAGUUGUUGUGUGUUGUGUACACACACGGCACGCAACACACAACAGUUGUGUGUGUGUACACAACACUGCACACGACAGUGAUGUUAGCAAGCACGCUAGCUGCAUUUCUUGUACUUGUUUCAUGCUAACUACUUGCUAGCGUUGCUACCAAUUAUUAUAAUUUUUUUUUGUUUGUUCCCCCCCCCAGAGAUUUUCAUGGGGAAAAUGCUCCAAAUAAAUCUGAUUGACUUGUU